UCGAAUUUACAAGAUCAGCGUAUCCCUGAAGAAGAAUCUUCUCAAAGCGUCCGACUCCCUUCCCCUCCAUGGCCUCACUCCAGCCUACUCUCCUCACUUCCUCCCCGCUCUGCGGCUGUGCGCAUGCUCUCCUCGACCGAAGGAUCAGGAAAUUACCUCCAAGAAUCUCAAAUGGGGCCUGUUCCACGGCGAGACCGUCGGUCCGGAGCGAGUUCUUGGGGAAAGGUGGGGUCUUGGCUUGGUGGACGGCGGGAAGGCAGCGCCGGCGGCUUGGUGUGGCAGGAGCCGGGAGAGGGCCCUUCUUUGGCGGCGGCGGGAGGCGUAUGGACAAGGGCACGAGCCGGGUCGUGGGGAACCUCGCUUUCGCCGCCCUCUUGACGUACCUCGCCGUGACCGGCCAGCUACGGUGGGUUCUUGACGCCAUCGUCUCCCUCUGGCUCCUCACGAUACUGCUGCCUAUUUUGGCUCUGGGUGCAUUUUUCUUCUUUGCAGGGCAAGAUAUACUCCAGGGCGAUUGUCCGAACUGCGGGAGAAGCUUCCAGAUACUAAAGUCAGCUUUGAAUGAUGGUCCACAACUCUGUCCUUAUUGCACCCAACCUUUCUCUGUUCAGGGCAACAAGUUUGUUAGAGAAUCUGCUAGAUUUUCAUCUGGAAGGGGCCCUACUGCUACAAACGCACAAGUGUUGAAUGAGUUCUUCAAUCGUGGCACGAAAGGAAAGGCGCCUUUAGGAACAAUUGUGGACGUCGAGGCUGAAGUCAAGGAUGUCGAAUGAUACUUUCGCGGGAUCGAUCCUACAUCAACACUUUUGGCAAAUAUAUAGGUUGACACUGCAUAUAGUAGCAGGGUAGCGUGACUGGAACUGAUGAGUUGUGCGUACGUGAAACCGGAACAGGAGUAGGAACAUGGCGUGUUUAAUUUUUUACUAAACAGACAAAGGAGAUAUAAUAUUAGUGAUAGUUUGUAAUAUGAUUCGUCAUUUAUGUUAAAAUUAAUGGGUCAUAGUUGUAAUCCGUCACUGAUGAUAAAGUAACAGGUCGUAGUUGUCAUUA